GGUUUUCGUAGGCGCCAUUUUCUUUGCGCGCGACGAGGGUGCUGUUGGUCUCCUUCGCCAUUUCCCGCUGUCUCCACCGCCGCCGCCGCUCCAGGGGCGGCUUUCCGCCCGGCAGGUUUUUGGAGGUGAUAGGCUGUUGGAUUUUGAGCCCGCCCAGAAUACUUGAGGUUUUUCUCCACAAGGAUAUAUAACAGCGGUUUUAUCUGCCAGCCUAAGAAAAAAAGGUGAUGGAGACUGAACAACAGGAGGAGACCUUUACCAACACAGAGACAAAUGACCUUUCUACAGGCAAACGUCCUGCAGAAGACAUGGAGGAAGAACAGGCCUUCAAGAGAUCUCGGAAUACAGAUGAGAUGGUUGAAUUACGUAUCCUGCUUCAAAGCAAAAACGCUGGAGCAGUGAUUGGAAAAGGUGGCAAAAAUAUUAAGGCACUUCGUACAGACUACAAUGCCAGUGUUUCAGUCCCAGACAGCAGUGGCCCCGAGCGCAUCUUGAGUAUAAGUGCAGAUAUAGAGACAAUUGGAGAAAUCUUGAAGAAGAUUAUCCCUACUUUAGAAGAGUAUCAACACUACAAAGGCAGCGACUUUGACUGCGAGUUAAGACUUCUUAUUCACCAGAGUUUGGCAGGAGGAAUUAUUGGUGUCAAGGGUGCUAAAAUCAAAGAACUCAGAGAGAACACUCAAACCACCAUUAAGCUCUUCCAAGAGUGUUGUCCUCAUUCAACUGACAGAGUGGUGCUUAUUGGUGGAAAACCUGAUAGAGUUGUUGAAUGUAUCAAGAUUAUUUUGGAUCUUAUCUCUGAGUCUCCAAUAAAAGGACGGGCUCAGCCUUACGAUCCCAACUUCUAUGAUGAAACAUACGACUAUGGUGGCUUUACUAUGUUUGAUGAUAGAAGGGGACGCCCAGUGGGUUUUCCUAUGCGUGGGAGAGGAGGUUUUGAUCGAAUGCCUCCUGGCCGUGGUGGUCGACCUAUGCCUCCAUCAAGAAGAGAUUAUGACGACAUGAGCCCUCGUAGAGGACCUCCACCACCUCCACCAGGUCGUGGUGGCAGAGGCGGCAGCAGAGCUCGUAAUCUUCCCCUUCCUCCUCCUCCACCUCCUCGUGGCGGAGAUCUGAUGUCUUAUGACAGAAGAGGCAGACCAGGAGACCGUUACGAUGGAAUGAUGAUGCAGUGUCAUGUAGAUGCCUGUGAUGACAUGCAGCCACCAGAGCUGUUUGAGGGUGGCUCUGGAUAUGACUAUUCCUAUGCAGGGGGACGUGGUUCAUAUGGAGAUCUUGGAGGACCUAUCAUCACAACACAAGUAACGAUUCCCAAAGAUCUGGCAGGAUCUAUUAUUGGAAAGGGAGGCCAGAGAAUCAAACAAAUACGGCAUGAGUCUGGAGCUUCAAUCAAAAUUGAUGAACCACUAGAAGGCUCAGAAGAUCGGAUUAUAACUAUUACGGGAACACAGGACCAGAUACAAAAUGCACAAUAUUUACUGCAGAACAGUGUGAAGCAGUAUGCAGAUGUUGAAGGAUUCUAAUGCAAGAUUAUUUUUUCUUUUUUAUAGUGUGAAGCAGUAUUCUGGAAAGUUUUUCUAAGACUAGUGAAGAACUGAAGGAGUCCUGCAACCUUUUUUUUUUAUCUGCUUCUGUUUAAAAAGCCAACAUUCCUCUGCUUCAUAGGUGUUCUGCAUUUGAGGUGUAGUGGAAUCUUUGCUGUCCACCAGAUGUAAUGUUUUAGUUCCUUACAAAUAUUUUGGGGGAGGGAAAGGGCGCGUGAGACUAACAUUGAAAUUUUGAAACAGCAGAGAGAGUGAAUAUCAUUUUUUGUUCACUGUUGGUGGUAAAUUGUAACGUUUCUUUGUAACUGUUGUGAACACCCUGCUUUCAUGUACACUGUACCUUUUGAAGGGGGAGAAUACUGGUAGUCCACGUGUCCUUGGCAUCCUUUGAGAGCAGUGUGCAGAAUGUAAUGCUCUUUUGUAAGAAACAUUUUUGAUUUUUCAAUAAAUUUAGUGAACCUA